GCCGCGGCGCGCGCAGAACGCGCGUGCGAAAAUUCCCGCCAUCCAGUGUUCGAAUUUUGAAACUUUAUUUUUAUUCUGUGCUGUGUUUUGUGAUAUCCCAUCCAACAAAGGAAUAAUCGACAAUAUCGAUGUUUGUGGGAAUGUAACCGUAGAUAUUUCUACGUGUUUUCUCAAUUAAUACUUCUCAUCGACUAACUUAAACCGCGAAAAUGUCUAACGGUAACGCAGGAGAUACCACGAACCACGUGGAAAAUGGCAUAAAUGAUGAAAAUCGCGGCACCACCUACUUCUUUUCCAGACCACGAUCAAGUGCAACGUUGAAACAGAGGAUAGUGCUGUUCUUGUCUAUCUAUUGGAAGUCUUUGCUGAUUGUACUGACACCUAUACUUUUGUUGCCGAUACCCAUUCGUAAUCAUGAGCCGGCCUUCAAAUGCAUGUACGUCGUCCUCAUCAUGGCGACCUACUGGGUGUUGGAACUGCUUCCCCUCCCCGUGACCUCCAUGCUGCCUAUAGUCCUCUUCCCAACCAUGGGGAUCUUGGACUCCGAUAAGACCUGUGCAGCGUACAUGAAGGAAACUAAUAUGAUGUUCAUGGGAGGACUGAUGAUCGCUGCCGGAGUACAACAUUCGAAGUUACCGAGGAGAGUGGCACUGUGGACUGUGCAAGUUGUCGGAUGCUCUCAUAGAAGACUAAACUUCGGCCUCACCUUCGUAACCAUGUUCAUUUCAAUGUGGGUGUCGAACGCGGCCGCGACCACGAUGAUGGUACCUAUCGUAGAAGCCAUCCUUGAAGUCUUGGAGUCCCAGGGUCUCGGAGACGUGUAUAUUAACAGGAAGAGACCGGAAAAUGGGAAAGAAGUUAAGGCGAAGGAUGAAAAGACUGAUGAAGAGGCUCCAAUUCCUAGUGACAUCACCAUCUGCUAUUACCUGAGUAUAGCCUACGCCUCAACCCUCGGAGGCUGUGGAACCCUAGUCGGAACUGCCACCAACUCUGCCUUUAAGGGAAUAUUCGACAGUGAGUUCCCGGAGAUCCAUCACGCGGUGAACUUCUUCUACUUCAUGGCGUACAGCACACCACCCAUGAUACUGAUGCAGCUGCUAGUCUGGGUCUCACUCCAGGUCACUUUCAUGGGCAUGUUCAGGCCAAACAGUGAAGCUGCAAAGAAGGUGGCGCUGGCAUCAGGCUCCAAAACUACAAUGAAGGUUAUCAACGAGAAAUACAAGAGCCUCGGACCAGCCACUUUCCAUGAAAAGGUUUCAGGCGGUCUCUUCAUCCUGGCGGUGUUCAUGUACAUCUUCAGAAAGCCCGGCUUCAUGCCUGGCUGGGCCGACUUACUGACCACCAUGAAAGUGAAAGACGGCGUGACGUCCAUGUUCAUCGUGGUUCUCAUGUUCAUUCUGCCCAUGUCCAUGGACUUCCUUAAGUUCUUCUCGGCUUCAGCGUCAUACGAGGAGCUUGCCAAGUCCAAGCCUUCAGCCGGGGUGGUGACGUGGAACAUCCUUAAGGAGAAGAUCCCGUGGGGUCUGCUCUUCUUGCUGGGUGGCGGCUUCGCCCUAGCCGAGGGCAGCAAGGCGACCGGUCUGUCAUCAAUGAUCGGCAGCUCGCUGAGCGGGCUGGACGGCUUCCCGCCCUACGUGGUGCUGCUGGUCGUGGUGGCCGUUACGCAGUUCAUCACCGAGUUCACCAGCAACGUCGCCAUCGCCAACCUCAUACUGCCCGUGCUGGCCAAUAUGGCGCGCACACUAAAAAUGGACCCUCGGUACCUCAUGAUCCCGGCCACGCUGGCUUGUUCCAUGGCCUUCCAUAUGCCCGUGGGCACUCCACCCAAUGCUAUCGUCGCUGGUGUGGCCCACAUACCCACUUCUAAAAUGGCUAUCGGCGGCAUCGGUCCCAAAAUCAUCACCACCCUCAUAGUCUGGGGCUCCUACCCGCUUUACGGCGAAACCCUCAUCUUCAAGAAAGAGGACGUGGAAGCCCUCGCCUACUUCAAGGACCAACAGCCCACCCCCAAAACCCCGAGCCUCCAACUCUCCUGCGGCAACACUACGACGGACGCCAUCUUGAGUGGCACCAACAGGUUUGGGUGUAACUUGGUACAGAAUUCGACGCUGAAGGGACUGAUUACUUGUGAGUAUAUAGCUAAAAGAUAAGUUUUGAAAGGAUUUGCUUGAGGUUUAAGGUAUUUAAUCUGAAUUUUUUACUUACUUGACACUUAUAGCCUGACCAGAAUUAUAUGACUACUAGCGUUUGCCCGCGGCUUCACACUCUUUAGAAAGAGACAAAAAGUAGCCUAUGUCACUCUCCAUCCAUAAAAAUCACCUCAUUAUUUGUCGCUCCGUUUUGCCGUGAAAGACGGACAAACAAACAGACACACACACUUUCCCAUUUAUAAUAUUAGUAUGGAUUGUCAAGAGGACGCUGGUAUUCUAAUGUAUGCGGUGACAGUUCAAGAAAACUUUCAAGAAAAGAGCGUACACCCAUCUUAAAAGCCGACAACGCACCUCCAACACUUCUAGGUCCGGGUGACCAUGGGCGGCAGUGAUCGCUUACCAUCAGGCGACUUGUCUGCUCAUUUGCCUCCUAUCCCAUAAAAAAAGGAUAAAAAAAGAAAAUAGCUCUGAUGAAUUUCCUCAACAUCGCGCGUAGUCAAAUAUUUCUGCUCAACUUUAUAUACACUAGUGUCUUCUGCCGUAAAAACGCAGGCUGUCCCUCUCGUGCCCAUACGGAAGAGCGAUAGAGAUAGCUGCGAUAACGAUAUUAUCGUAAACGUUUGUGCAUUUGGAUAUCACUUUUGAGCGUUGGUCUGUCAUAUUAAAAAAAAAAAAUUACGCUUAAAAUAUUUUUUAAUAUGUACGAGUCUCACGGGAGUUUUAUAGUUAAAGUUGGUCUGUCAUCUUUUCAGAAAUCAAAUGUCAAGAUUAAUUAUUACAGAUUUCAUUUCUAAGCCAAAAACUUUUCAAGCAAAUCAAUUUGGAACAAACUGUAGUAUCUGUACGAAAAACCGCCAUGAUUAGUAUGUAAAA